AUGGCGAAACUUGAAUCACCAACAACUGAAAAUUUAACUAAUCAAGACCAUCAUGAUAUUGAUGAUGAUGAUGAUCAAUUGAAUUCAUCAGAUAAAAUAGUCCCAACUAUAGAUGAACCAACUACAUCAGAAACUACACAAUUGUCAAAUGACUCUUCGAAAGCAAUGAUAAAUUCAUCAAACACUAAUUAUGAUCUACAAAAUUUAAUUAGAAAUGAUGUAAAAAAAUACAUAAAUACAACAAUUCCACAAGAUCAUUCAGGUUUUAUUCAAUGUCAUAUAAAACGUGAAAGAGAAGGUAUUACAAAAGGCUUUUCAACAACAUUUACUUUAUAUGCUGAUGGACAAAAUGAAAAUGAUAAAGUUUUUCUUUUAAUUGCACGAAGACACUUAACAAUUGGUCGACAUUUAGAAUAUUUUAUUGGAACUAAUGCUGAAACAGCAAAACAUCUAAAUGAUGAAAAUUCAAUUGCAAAAUUAAGGGGAAUUAAUAUUUCUGGUACUGAAUAUAUACUUUAUGAUCAUCAAAAUACUCCAUCUAACGAACAAAAUAAACAACAAUCGGCAGCUAUUCUUUAUGAUGAACAUAUAUUUGGAUCAAUAGAACCACGAAAAUUAAUUAUUUUAUUGGCUGAUACAGAGAAACACAUUCGAUUAUUAAAAGAAGGUGAAACGAUUAUUAAUGAAUAUCGAGCAGGACGUGCAACUGAUUUGAUUGAACUAAAAAAUAAAACACCAACAUAUGAUGAAGAAUCUAAAACAUAUCGUCUUAAUUUUAAUCAAAAUCGUGUAAGACAACCAUCGCAUAAGAAUUUUCAGUUGAUUCGUUUAACUGGAGAUCAAUCAGAAUAUGUUGUUAUGGAAUUUGGUCGUAUUGAUGACAAUAAUUUUGCCCUCGACUAUCGACAUCCUCUUACAGCUAUUCAAGCAUUUGGAAUUGCAUUAAGUGCUUUUCAUAACCGAUUUCUUGCUUAA